AUGGCCAACAACAAAAUCUUGUUUAUUCUUGGCGCAGGGCCUAAUGUUGCCACUGCAACUGCGAAGCUCUUUGCGGCACAAGGAUACCAAGUCGCUCUCGUCAGCCGCGGAACCUCGACCUCUUUCGAUCCCUCCUACUUCUACAUCCAGGGCGAUCUGUCCAACCCGGAGAAAAUCCCUGAGUGGUUUGCUCAAGUCAAGAAGAAGUACGGAAGGUCUCCAAAUGUGGUGAUCCAUAAUGCGUACCAUGUCUUCCCGGCGCACCCACAGAAUCCCUUAUCGCUUAAUCUUGGCCAGCUCAACUACGAUCUGGCCGUGAACUUCACGUCAGCCUACCUCGCCGCACAAGAGGCUGUCAAGGGCUUUGAGACCCUUCCAGCCGAUGUACCCAAGUCGUUCAUUUACACUGCCAACGGCCUUAACAUGAUGCCUAUGCCUCGGCUCGUUAGCCUUGGUCUUGGUAAGACUGCUUUGGGCCAUGUCAUCGAGAAUGCUACCCUCUCUUUUCAGGGCAAAGGAUACACCUUCUACUAUGGUGACGAACGCCUUGCCAAUGGCGACUUUGCCAGUGGCGCUAUUAGCGGCAUGGCGCAUGCGGAGCGCUACUGGGAGCUUAGCCAGGAUCCUAAGCAGAGACCGUGGAUGGAUACCUUUGUUGCUGGACAGGGAUACAAGGAGUUUCCUAAGGUUUGA